AUAGACACUUCGACACCUUCCACUUUGAAAGCGCAAGCAGUGAUCUGACACCACAAAGUAUUCCAUCUGACUUUUUUCUUGCAUUUGUGACUAAAGGAUUACAGAAGAUUGGCAGGCGAACGAGAAAAAUAUGGAGGAUGGUGGCUUGCAUUGCAUGUAUAUUCGAUUGACAAAUAUCUGUUCGAGUUAAUAUCAUACACAUUGCUGAUUGCGUAUCUAGAUAUAUAGAUAGAUAAAAAUAUAUAUAGUUUACUAACAACCAUUUGCAUAUUUGAUAAUGGUUGUUCAGUAGGAUUACCCAACGGGUUUUGGCAAGAGAUUUUCUUCGUCAAACAUAUGUGAUCUGUAAUCUCCAAUUGAUAGUUAAGGUGGCCUUAUACAGUGCUGUUUGUAUCCAUUUGACAUUACAUUUGCUAACAGGUUUACAACUUAAUUAUCUUCUGCUGUGCGUGCCUAGCUAUUUUCCUUCAUUUUAGUGCUCCAGCUGAAAAUUCUAUUUAAUCAUUCAAACUCUACAAAGUAGCCCCUCGAUAGUCUUGCUAUCCGGAUCUGCGAGAGAAAAUGAAGAAGCAAUUAGUGGUCAUAAUUAGAGGAUUAAAUCCGGAUCUAGAAGAGAAAAAGAAGAACCAAUUAGUGGCCAUAAUUAGAGGAUGAAAUCCGGCCGGAUUUAAUGGCCCUGAAUUAAACUGCUAAAACCCCGUCUAUAUAAACUAAUCACCAGACUUCCAAAGCUCAGAAGAAUUAACUAGUGAGAUCAGAUUAUGGACGACCAAAGUCGAUCAUCUGCUCCGGUGGAAUCCCUCGUCAGCCGGCUCGACCAAUUUGAUCUUCGGUUGAGGCAGAUAGAGGAGAAGCAGAGACUCCUCCCUGCGCCGGAAUGCUACUUCACCGCCGACGUGAAGCUCUUGGCGAAGAAGCGCCGCGGCGGCGGCGGCGGCGGCGGCCAACACUGCCGAUACACUUCCCUGUCCGCCAUGCACGACUUGGAAAUCAAGGACGCUCUUUUGGACCGUCUCCACAUGCUCGAGACGCGAAUCCGUCAGCUGAGUUCGGAGCUGGACAAGGACAUCGGCGGUGGCGGCGCCUCCCCUGCGGAGACUGUAGUGCGCGCAGAGAAGAACAAGGAGAGCGGCGGCGCCCGGUCGUGGAGGUCGGUGGUUUCGUUCAAGAGCGGCGCCCGUGAGCUCCCGAGUCAGAAGCCCAUCGUCAUAAAGGUGAGCGCGCGGCCUCCUAACUUGAUGCGCGAGGUGAUCGAUCGAGGUAAUUAAACUCGCAACGCAUUGUCGAUCGCUUGAUGCCGUGUGCCUGGUGUCGAAGGUGAAGGAGCUGGAAAAAGCGGUGGGCGCGGCGGAGAAGGCGGUGGGCGCCGCUUGCCAGACCGAGAGGAGACGGGCGGAGCGUGCGCGGCUCUAUCGGAGAUGGCUCACGGUUGGAUGCUGAAAGGUUCGACGGUCAGACUUGGCAUCGAUCGCAUGAACAAAUAAAUAUUUCCUUUUAUUUCCGUUUCAAACUAAAUAUUCUUUUGAGGCAGAAUAAAAUUUGAUUUUCCUCAUUUGUUUU